AUGCAGAAGCGCUACACCGUCCACUUCGCCAAGGGCGCCCUGCCCCCUGGGACCCCCAACGAGUGCUACUUCUUGGACCCAGAGUUGGGGCACCAAAAAGGAUGCUGUCACCCGAGGUGCCAUGACCCAGCGGCCCCUCGAGCCCACAGGCCCUGUCGACCACCCCCCCAGGUGCGCUGGCAGCUGGCUUACCACGGCCACUCGGGGUGUGUCAGGGGCUGUUGCCGGGGCCCCCAGCACCCCAUCCUGCAGCAGCAGCGGCAGCCCCAGCCCCCACCUCCCAGCCCCCUGCGGCAGCAGCUCUGCUCCAUUCACCAGGCCCAGCAGGGGCCGCCUGCAACCGCCGCUGCCCCCAUGGGACCGGCCAGCGCCCCCCAGCUGCCUCCCGCGCCCACCACCUCACUCACCAUGGCACCCGCCACAGCCAGCAGCGGUCCAGCCCUGCCCUCCGCAGCCGGCACCCUCCUGGAGCCCAGCGGGCCCUCUGGCGCCCGGCCCCUGCCUGCCCCCGCAGCCUUCAGCCUCUUCACCUCCUACAGCUCCGAUAUCCUGACAGAGGAUGACGUGUACUGCAGCUGCCUGGCCAAGACCCUCUGCCACGUGCCUGUCCCCGUGACCGUGGGUUUCUACGCCCCCUUCGGCUGCCGCCUGCAUAUGAUGCUGGACAAGAUCACUUCGCUGAUGCAGCAGGAGGCGGCGCAGUGCGAGGCCGAGGAGCUGCAGCGCGUGCAGUGGCGGCCGCGGCCCGUGAGCGGCUGGGGCCUCCCGCAGCUGCUGUGGUACCUGGUGUUCCUGCGGCCCAUCAUCACCGAGGUGCACCUGCGGCGCAAGAACGUGCAGUUCCUCUUCAUCCGCUUCAGCGCCUGGCAGUACGCGGGCACCGACAAGCUGUGGGCCGGCCUGGUGACCACGCUGUGCGAGGGCAUCCGCCGCCACUACGGCGCGCUGCCCUUCAGCGUGUACUCGGUGCUGGGCAACAAGCCGGCCACGUCGCCGGGCUUCUACCAGCGCGAGUGGCACUGCCGGCUCCGCGUGUGCCUGGCGCUGCUGGCGCUGCUGGCGGCGCUCUGCCUGGGCGUGGGCCUGCUCUACCUGUCGGUGGGCGCCCGUGGGCUGGGCCGCGGCGGCCCCAGCGGCAGCGUGCUCCGCGCAUUGGGCAGCGCGGCCACCACGCUGUCGGGCUCGGGGCUGCUCAUGGCCGUGUACUCGGUGGGCAAGCACCUGGUCGUGAGCCAGCGCAAGAAGAUCGAGCGGCUGGUGUCGCACGAGAAGUUCGGCAGCCAGCUGGGCUUCAUGUGCGAGGUGAAGAAGGAGGUGGAGCUGCUCACCGACUUCCUGUGCUUCCUGGAGAUCUACCAGCGGCGCCGGCUGCGCGUCGUGCUCGAGGUCACCGGGCUGGACACGUGCUACCCCGAGCGCGUGGUGGGCGUGCUCAACGCCAUGAACACGCUGCUGUCGGACAGCCACGCGCCCUUCAUCUUCAUCCUGGUGGUGGACCCCAGCAUCCUGGCCGCGUGCCUCGAGAGCGCCGGCUCCAUGAAGGGCACGGCCGACAACGGCUACCUCUUCCUCAACCGCACCGUCACGCUGCCCUUCUCCGUGCCCAUCAUGGGCCGCCGCACCAAGCUGCGCUUCCUGCACGACGCCGUGCAGAGCCGCGACGACCUGCUCUACCGCGAGCUGACGCGCAACCUGCGGCCGCCGGGCCGGGGUGCGGGCGGGGGCGGCGAGGGCGCGCAGCUCCUGGAGGUGGAGACGCAGGCGGGGGCCCAGCGCGCGCAGGGCCGCGGGGACGCCGAGGCGGCGCGCCACAUCCAGGAGGCACUCUUCUGCCUGCACGACGAGCGCGACUGCCUCUACGAGUACGUGCCCGACAACGUGGUGUCCAUGCGGCGCAUCGUCAACACCGUGCCCAUCACCGUGCGCCUGCUGCAGCAGCAGCAGGGCAGCUUCGGCGGCCCCACGCCGCGCCAGGCCGUGGCGUGGGUCGUGCUGGCCAACCAGUGGCCCUGCCGCCUCAGCUGGGUGCUGCAGUGCCUGGAGGACCGGCAGCAGGCCGGGGGCGCGCCCGAGGCCAGCGCGCGCCUCUGGGACGUGUUCUGCGACAACAGCUCCGAGCUGCACACCAUGACCAAGGCGUUGCAGAACGUGCUCGACCUGGAUGGCGACCCCGAGCUUUUCGAGCGCUUUCUGGGUGCCGACUUCCCUUUCACCGUGGCCGAGGCGCAGAGCCUGCUGCACUGCACGGUCAACCUGGACCACUCCAUCCGCCGCCGCAUGGGCCUCAUCCGGGCUGUCAGCGCGCUCAAGCCGCCCAUCCCACCCAAGUCCCUUGCCGGCAACGACCCCCACGCCGCCACUGGAGCCAACAACUCCCCCCAGGCGGCCCCAUCAGGCCACACCGCAGGGCACGCCCCUGCGCAUGGCAGGGAAGCCGGCCACCCCCGGACCGGGCGCACAGGGGCAAGCCGAGCCCCACGGCCUGAGCGCCCUUCCCCUGGGGGGACUCCAGCCCAGGUGGGCCUUGAAUGGAGGACUCAGGCAGCAGCAGGAGGCCACAGCUCUGUUCCCCCAAACGAGGGUGUAGGGGGCCAAGGUCCAGUGACUGGAACCUCUGGUGGCCACAUUCCCCAGGGGAAUUUGUGAGCCGGAGAGAGCUGUUGGCAGCUGCCACCAGGAGCCGGGCCAUGUGUCAGUGCCACGUCU